UGUAUUGUUUGACUUUUUAUUGAACCUCUGGUACUGAAUUUGCCCAAAACCAGCAGCAGCGAUCUACAAAGCAUUUUUUUUUCCAGUAAAAUGGGAUUAUUGAGAGCUGCUGGCGUGGUUUACAAGCCAGUAGAGCAACUUGAUCUUGGUCCUGACAGUAACGAGAUAUAUGUCGAAGCCGAUAUCAAAGCUCCUCGCAUGGGAGGAUUGCUGGCAAAAAUAUUUGCGUGGAUUCUGGAGUCAAGGAUAUUUGGAGCAUUGGCGUUCUACAUUUUGAAGAGGCUGAAUCGAGUUCACAAGUUUAUCUCGAAUGCAACGGUGGAGGAACCACCCAUGUUUGUUCCAUUGCAUCCUUAUGUUGACCUUGAUGAGCAAGAAGUCAUAGAGAUUGAUUCUGAUGCAUCUCCAGCAGAAAGAGUUCAACAAGCUAUGAAUUGCCUUCCUUUAACCUCAGAGAAUUCACUAGAUGCUUUCAAAUUCAGCUGUUUCCGGCGUUGGACAAUAGCGGAUUAUUCAAGAGCCUAUAGAAAUGGGGAAAUAACUCCAUUGAAGAUUGCAGAGCGGUUUAUAGAUGCUGUUCAUGAAUCUUCCAGUCGUCCUUUGUCAAUAGCCUUCUUCAUUAACUAUGAUGCUGAAGAUAUCCUAAGGCAAGCUACAGAAUCAACUCUUCGGUAUGAAAGAGGAGCUCCAAUAUCUGCUCUAGAUGGAGUUCCAAUUGCUGUCAAGGAUGAAAUAGAUUGUUCUCCAUAUCCAACUACAGGAGGUACAAAGUGGCUGCACAAGGUUAGACCAUGUACAGGCGAUGCAUGCUGUGUUGCACGACUCAGGUCCUGUGGUGCUAUACUUGUUGGAAAGACUAAUAUGCAUGAGCUUGGAGCUACACCAAGUGGGAUAAAUCCCCACUAUGGGCCUCCGAGAAAUCCCUAUGAUCCCAGCAGAAUCUCUGGUGGUUCUUCUAGUGGAUCUGCAGCAGUAGUGUGUGCAGGGUUAUGCCCUGCAGCCCUUGGUGUGGACGGAGGAGGAUCUGUGAGAAUGCCUGCAUCCCUUUCUGGUGUUGUCGGGUUCAAACCGACUUUUGGACGCAUUCCUCAUUCAGGUGUUCUUCCUCUGAACUGGACAGUAGGAAUGGUUGGAGUACUAGCAGGUACCUUAGAGGAUGCAUUUAUUGUUUAUGCUGCUAUUAGUGGUCAUCUUCCAUCACAUGAGCCAACCACUUUGCCUCCCAAAAUACAUUUUCCGUUGCUGAACUCCACAAAUCCAAUAUCAAACAUCAAGCUUGCAAUAUAUGGAGAGUGGUUCAACGAUUGCAACGAAGAGAUCAGAUUAUGCUGCUCUAAUGCUGUGCAAUUGCUUUGUGAGCGUUACAAUUGGAAGACUGUAGAGGUUACCAUACCAGAGCUAGAAGUAAUGCGCCUGGCACAUUAUGUGACAAUUGGUUCCGAAUGCAGUACUGCACUGAGUUCUCAUCUGGAAAAUUUUAGGGGCCGUUCAGAAUUUGGAUGGGAUGCAAGAGUAGUAGUUGAUAUAUAUGGUGCUUUCAACAGCAAUGAGUAUAUAAAGGCCCAGAAACUGAGGUACCGCCAUAUGCAGAUUCAUAACAAAAUUUUCGCCAAGGCAGAUGUCAUAGUUACUCCAACAACAGGUAUGACUGCAUACUCAAUAUCUAAAAACGCUCUAAAGACUGGUGAGCUUGACUACGUAAAUGGAGGUACCAUUAUUCGAUAUCAGAUAGCAGGAAACUUUUUGGGACUACCUGCUAUUACUGUCCCUGUUGGUUAUGACAAAGCUGGUUUGCCAAUUGGCCUUCAAUUUAUAGGGAAGCCAUGGUCAGAACCCACUUUAAUGCACCUUGCAUUUGCAAUGCAGGCAUUGUGCAUCACAGAUUACAGAAAACCAAAGGUUUUCUACGACAUACUUGGUAAAAAGUGAAGAGAGCAGAGCAGAAUUCACGAGACACCAAUAUUUUUGGCCUUCAACAUAUACCUUCUAUUUCUCUUGAUGGAAUAACACAGUAUUGCUUGAUUAUUUACAAGUUGCCAUUGUUGCUAUGAUAUCAUAUCAUAUAGGCUGCUGCUUGUACCAUCUCAUUUAUAUCAAUAGACUUAUAGAUAUCUGCAUUUGUCAAAACUGGUAACAGGUUUAAAUUAAAUUAGAUUUUUCUUGUUUCAUGCC